AUGCCGGGAGUAGGCCGAGGCGGUCGAGGGAAAGUCACUGUAAUUUCACACUCGGGUGGAUUGCUGGUCUCGUGUUUUAUAUCUCUUCACAAUGAUGUAUAUAUUUGCCAAAUACUGUAUGUAAAUAAGUGGAUUACUAUUGCCACUCCCUUCCAAGGUGCACCGGGAUGCAUCAAUGAUUCUUUGCUUACUGGAUUGCAGUUUGUCGAAGGCUUCGAAAGCUUCUUUUUCGUGUCUAGGUGGUCCAUGCAUCAAUUGCUGGUUGAGUGCCCAUCUAUCUACGAGAUGUUGCCAAACCCCGCUUUCAAUUGGAAGAAGCAACCCGUGAUCCAAGUGUGGAGGAAGCACUCCAACGGUGAGGACACAUCCGUUGAGCUGGAAUCCUAUCGCUCCAACGAGUUGGAUUAUGAUGGAGAAACGAUAACCCUUCCUUUCAACUUCGAGAUCUUUAAAUGGGCUAAGGGCACCAGGGAAGUCCUUGAUCAAACUCAACUCCCUCAGGGGAUUCAGUUCUACGGAAUAUCUGUCGACACACCCUUUGAUGUUCGCUAUGGUUCGGAGUCUUCUCCAAUAGGCGAUCCAUCCGAGAUAUGCCACACACUGCCAGAAUACUCUUAUGUAGAUGGUGAUGGAACAGUCCCAUCUGAAUCAGCACUGGCAGACAGUUUCGAUGCAGGUCACCGGGCACUGCUGCGUGAUGAGAAGGUGUUCGAGCUUAUCAAGAACUGGCUGGGAGUUUCUCCAGCGGCAAAGGAGAAACGCUCUCACGCAUCCAAGGUGCUGCCUAUCUAG